AGUGGGAGUGGACAUUGGCUUCUCCGUGUGCUUGCUUCUGACAUAGGCCCUGUUGGUGGGACAGGGAGUGUCAGCAGAGGGGAAACCAAGCAACCACCCCUGCCUCAAAGCCACCUUUCCACCAUUGGCCCAGAAGCCUCGGCUGUCCUCGGGGGCUGCCCACAGCCAAAAAGACAUGCCCGAUUGAUCCAGCUUCAGGUGGGCUGGGGAGGGCAGCUCAGAGAGAGAGGCCAGGCCAGUUGAGGCACUUGGCAGCUCCAUUUUCCUCUCCCCUCCCACCUCUGGCCAGGGAGGACUUGGGAUCGUUUUCAUGUGGAUCUCUGGGCAGGUCCUGCACCUCUGUGAUGGAAAAAGCAGAGUUUUUCACCCCUUCUUGGAGCAGGACAGCUGCCUCCACCUUGGGUCUGGAGAAUAAGAAAACUGCUACCCACCCCAAGUCGUCAUGGCAACAGCCAGUGAAUGUGUUCCUCUCCUCCAGCCGGCCCCCAGGUGUGGAGGAGCUACAUCAGGAAGCUCAGCUUAACCUCCAGAGCUUGCUGCAAGAAGAGUAUGAGGAACAGUACUCGGAGGCCAGGAUUUCUGGGCAGACCUUCCGCACUCCAGGCCCAGACGACCCCCUGGAGCACACUAUCAGCCCAAGGCCACAGUCUGCCAAGCGCCUGGAGUUUGUGUUGAUGCCCACAAGCCGAAGAGGGAACGGCGACAAGACCACCACUCAGGGUGUGAGGCCCCCUGAGUCCUCUCUGAGCCUGCCCGCCUCUCCGGACAAGCCAAACACCUGGAACAGACCCUUCCCUCUGCCCACCCUGGAGGAGAAGAGGUGGCAUCCAUCAUGUUCCACCCAAGGCAGCAUCGUGCCCAUCAACGUCUCUGGACAGCAGUUUGAUAAACAUGCCAGUUUGCGACAUUCCUUGUUUAACACAGAGACCGCGGUGAACCCCAAGUCCACCCUGAGGCGACGACGGACCAUCAUUGGCUUCCCUCACCUCUCCUGGAGAGACCCAGGUCGGAGCAACGGGCAAGUACACUGUGCGGCCAAAGAGUCUGUGUCCUGGAACACAGCUCCGGAAGUGGCCAAUGGAAGGGGACUGGCCAGCCGCGAAAUAUGUUCCCCAGAGCUGAUUUCCCCAGCCCUGAGAAAGACGCCCAGUGACCUAGGAGAGUCUCGCCCAGCUUCACCCAGCAUGGAGGGCAUGGGGAUGGUGUAUAGUGUCCCCUCUUCUUGCAAUGGACCAAAGGAUUCGACAUUCUCUCCUCCGUGGAAAGGAAGCUGCUUUAAUUACAUGAGCCCGACUAGUCCUGUCCCUGUAGAGAGCAGUCAGGUCAGAGAAAAUGGGAAAUCUCCUUCUACAUGCAAUUCUCAGGGCUCUUCAAAUGUCCUCAGCCCUGGGAACUUGGAAGGGACUGGCUCUGUUUUGGUUGUUCAGGAUGACCAGGCAGGCAGCAAUGCCUCUACUUGCUGCCCUGAGGCCCCCACUCCAAGAAGCCAAGAGUCAGAGAAAGACUACAAAGGGGGUCCCCUUCCCAGCAGCAAAGCAGGGGAAGGGGAGCCCUCAAGGCAAGAGUCCGACCCAAGUGCCUGUAGAUUCCGGGAGAGGUCACUGUCUGUGCCGACAGACUCGGGCUCUGUGUGCUCAGUGGAUGGGGGCUGUGGAGAGGACCAGCAGGGCAGUGAAACUGGCACCCUGGCCUACCCCAGUGCCAGCUCAGAAGGCAGUGCCAGUACAGACAAUGUUUCCUCUGUUGGAGCUGAGCCCAGACCAAGAAGGUCCAAGAGCAUCUCCCUCAAAAAGGCCAAAAAGAAGCCUUUGCCCCCAAUGCGCAGCGUCUCCCUGGUCAAAGAUGAGGCUGUCCUUCAGCCAGAAGCUGGGCCCAGCUUGCCCAAGGAUCAGAGGCCUAGAAGCCUUUGCCUUCCCCUUGACCACCAGGGACAUCAGUUUUCCUCCACAGAUGCUCAGGGUCACCCAGCUGUGCCUAGUCUAAGGGAGACGGAAGGCACACACUUCUCCCACCACUGGUAUCUCACUGACUGGAAGUCUGGCGACCCCUACCGGUCUCUGUCCAGCUCGAGCACUGCCACUGGGACCACGGUGAUUGAGUGUGUGCAAGUGAGGGGCAGCUCAGAGUCUCUGGCUUCUCCCUCCAACUCGAGGGCCACCACGCCUUCCCAAUUUUCCGCUGAGGCAGAGGCUCGGGAGGUGUCAUCCCCAGGGAGGCCAACAGGACUGAUGUCACCUUCCAGUGGGUACUCGAGUCAGUCUGAAACACCAACACCCACCGUUCCUACCACCUCCAUGAUGCUAGGUCAUUUACCUCACACGAGCAGCAGUGGUCGGGUACGGCCAGUGGUGCCAGAGAGGAAGUCGUCCUUGCCACCACCAUCACCAAUGGAGAAGAGCCCCAAGUCCCAGCUGUCAUUUGACCUACCAUUGACCCCUCCAGCGCACCUGGAUACUUUGGGGAUGAAGAUCUCCCUCCGGGGCAAAGCCAAGGUGAGCCGGCAUCACUCAGACUCAACCUUUGGAGCAAAGUUGGCCCAGAAGACUAGCCCCAACCAACCGAUCAUGCCUGUGGUCACCCAGUCCGACCUGCGCUCUGUUCGACUGCGGUCAGUCAGCAAAUCAGAGCCAGAAGAUGAUGUUGAGAGCCCAGAUCCAGCUGAGGAGCCUGGGCUGGAAGUCUUCACCCUGCCAGAGAGAAAGGUAAAGCCUCCAGUGGCUGAAAAGCCUCCAGUGGCUGAAAAGCCUCCAGUGGCUGAAAAGCCUCCAGUGGCCAAAAGGCCCCAGAACCUGGUUCCCAAGGAGCCCCUACCAACUUCCUCCACCUUGCUCCUGACUCCUGAGAAUACAACUAGCCAGGCAAGGCCCUCUCCUCAGGAUAUCUAUAUGGUCGUGCGGAAACCAAAGGCUCUCAGAACCCCGAAUGGCCAGAGCCCAGUGGCAGAGACCCUGGAAGAGGAGCACCCUAAGAUGAGUUCCCUGCCAGAGAGGGGAGGGGAGGUGGAGCGAAGGAGAAGCAAGGUCCCCCCUCCAGUGCCAAAGAAGCCUAGCGUGCUGCCUAAAUGCACACUACAUCCGCCACAGCCGGAGGCCAGUGCAGGGGAGCCAAAGCUGGCUCCUAGUCCUAUCAUCACCCUGGAGGAAGAUGUCAACUCUCAGCUGAGCCCCGAUAGCUUCCAGCCCCCGAAUACCAAGGAGGAGCUCUUUAAGCCACCAGCUGACAGUGGAAUUGAGGCAAGCCUUCCAGGAAGUUUCAUGGAACAGAGCACUGAAGAAAAACAUUUUGCAAGUGACAAGACGGCAGAAUCCAUAGCAGAAGAUGAUGACGAUGUCUUUGUGACGUCUCGCACGACUGCAGACUUAUUUACGGUCAUACACAGGUCUAAAAGGAAGCUGCUUGGCUGGAAGGAGCCUGGAGAGGUCUUUGCCAGCGGCAGACUGAGUUCCCAUUCUUCAGCCAAGAACCCAGCUGGCUCGCCAACCAGUGAGGCAGCUGCCACAGGCGGCUACAGCAGCAGCAGCAGUAGAACCGCCAGCAGAAAUGAAGACUUCAAGGCCCUGCUCCAGAAGAAAGGGAGUAAGAGUAGCCUGGGCUCCCGGCCGUCAGCAGCAGAGCUGCUGAAGACCACCAAUCCCCUGGCUCGCAGAGUUGUUACGGAGUUUGCUGGGGACCAAGACGGCACCAACGUGCCUGGUACCUAAGCACCUGCACAGUGGCUUUGGAGAAGGGAAGCCGGGAAAGACUUCUGAGAAAGAUCGAAAUGGCAGACAAUACAUUGAUGGUGACACGACAUUAACUCAGAACCUGGACUAUCUGGACUUCGGGGGGGGGAACGUCUCCAGUCUUCUUCAUCUUGAGCUCAAACUAGCAAGAAUUUCGAUGAACUUCCAACAUUUAAGGUUCGAUUCUUGCAGUUCUAUCAUUAUUGACCACUGAUGACCCCCCUAGUGUUUCUGUCUUUUGACCAAGGGCACAGGCCCCAUGUUGGAAACUCAUGGAUGGCCUGAGUUAGCUCUUCUCCCACUAUGCUCAUUUCUUGUCAUGGAGCUAAUCUGGUGUAAGGCCACAUGGAUGAGGCCUACCAGGCUGGCCGUGAGUGGUAGGUGGUGAGGCUCGCCUCUUUAGUGUGGAGAUGCCAGGACUUUUUGGCCACCACAUGAAUUCUCCCCAAUAGAGUUGGUGGGUUCAGUCAUGCAAAAUGUGGAUGUUGUUAUCCUUUCCUUCAAUGUCCAAUCUUUUUCGGAUUGCUUUUCUAUACGGAGAUCAGGGUGAUCAGUCCAAACAAAUCUCUAUAUUUUGGCUUUGGCUAAGACAGCCAAAUAGGGUCAGUUCCAUUUGGGUCACUUUGGAAGUACCAAACUUGUCCAAAGUGGCAAUCAUUGGUCCAUUCAGAGCACCUCUGUAGGCUGGCUCUCUCCCAUUUCAAAUGUUUGUCCCCAGUGACAGCAAGGGACAGCAAGGGUCUGUGCCGAAAUCCAGUGAGCACACUGGAAGUCCCUGCCAAUGCUGCAUCCACUUUCAUUUACACAAAAUUAAAAGAAUAGAGGUGGAAGGACACCGUCUAAGUGAGGAUAAGAAAUCCAUUCAACUUGCCCAACACAAUCCAGUUUCUAUUGUGAUAUUUAAAAAAAAAAAGGCAAAGGAGAUGUUGCUCGGGGAAAAAUUAGGGAGAGGAAUACUAAAACAACAUAAUGCCAAUCUAAGGGGAGCAUUCCUAUUUUAGUCAAGUAUUUUUGCUAAUUAGGUAUUAUGCUCUCUUGUUUCCACACUGCUAAGGCACUACACAUGCUGUCAGCACCCUGGAGAUUCUGGCAUCCUAGCACAAAGCUCCAGCUGCCUUGCCCUAGUUAUGACCAGAUCUGGUUCUGGUUGAUGAUGACUAAUAGUGAAAUGGGGAAAGGGCGGUUAGGCAUGUAGCUAGGGAAGAAACAAGAAGACAAGGGCAAGAAGCAUCAGCCGGACAAUGACCUAGAUCCAGGGUCCAUCACCUUCCCCACGGAAAAUUGUUCCGAGUCCUAAAUGGCUUCUUGGGAGUUGCGGCCUUCCUGCUGUUCCAUGGCAGAUGACCAGGCCACAUCACUUGUCUGAUGGGAUCCCAUGUGGUAACAGAACAGCUCCCACUGGAUCCCACACCUAUAGGGCCUCACUUUCCACCAAGAGCACUGUGCUGUCACUGAAGGAAAGCCGAGCCUCCUCCCCUAUAAAGGCCCUCACCGUCCCUCUGUUCUAGGGAGAUGCCAGGCCUGCCUACCUUCACUCCAGACAAGGGGGAGGGAGCAGAAUCAAUUCUGGAAGACAGAGGGCUGGCUUGGUAGAUGAGGGUGCCCGCCACAUAGCAGGCACACGACACAGAUAUUUGUGGCUUGAUGAGGGUGAGGCCAGUGAUUCCUGACCCAGUGCAGAGUACCCCUAGGACACCCUGGCCAUCUGAGUAGCUGUGUGUGGCCUCUGACCUGGGCAGAUUUGGCAAAUUUACCAUGGCUUCCCUCUUUGUGCAGCCCCAAGCUCAAACCAUGUGACUGCCUGUGUCCUUGCCCCAACUUGUGGGCACUCAAGGAACACAAAUGUACUGGUGUGAGUAGAGCCCUCCAAUGUCCUUGGAGCCAACAUUUCCUCCAACAUCCUGGGCUAGGAGUCAGGGACCCUGGCUUAGAAUGCUGCUUCUUCCUCAUGUGAGGCCUUCGCCUCCUCUGGGAAAUGAAGGGGUUGGGUUAACGCCAUGCUGAUGCCCUCUUCCAUUAUUAGCAACAGUCACUGCAACACCUGCCAUUUCUUUGGGGAUUGGGGCUUGCAUCCAUUAUCUCAUUAGAUAACCCUCAUAGCACCCCUGGGAGGUAAGUUAGUGCAAGUAGGAUUACCCCUUCCCCCCAUUUUAUAGAGGAGGAAAUCAGAGAGGAUUAGAUAGGUGCGGGCAGCUAAUUAGUGGUAGAGCUGGGGCCUAAACCGAGGUCUUUUGCCUCAUGCAAAAAACCAGAACUAGUAGAGGAUGACCCCGGUAUGUCCACAUCUCGGGGAGCGGUUGGGCCAUGCUUCCUCUCCUUGGUGAACCUUGUGUAGUGGUCCUCUCCAGCCCCCAUUGCCCUAUGGUGGGGUCACUGUCCUCAGGGACUGCCACCAUGUCACCCUUCCCUCAGGGCCUGCCCUUCCCCAACUAGAGCCCCAGGGCGUGCUGAGGCUCAACUCCUACUCUGCCAGUCAUGGAUGGACUGUACAGCACACUGACCACCAUGCCCACCCUCAACCCUGCUCAACUGACUUGGUCUUCAUUACUUCUCUGCUCACGCACCAUAUUCCUCCCACCCCAAAGGCUUUAUUUCCUGUGGUUUGAACAAAAGUUUUGAUCGUCAACACGUUCAGGGAAGCAUUCGUGUAUACCCAACUGUUUAUGGCCUUGUACUACGUCGUGGAAAUAUAUGUACAAGCUUGUAUGCUAAGCCAGUGUUGCUAUGAUUGUACCCAUUGUUCUAAGCCUAUUUGUUCUAUUUGUACCCUACCCCCCUAUAAACUAACUAGUCAAUGGAAA